AUGGCGAACGUCCUCGACGACAUCUCUCACCGUCGCUAUAACCCUCUGCGGGGUUCCCACAUUCUUGUGUCCCCGCACCGAACCAAGCGCCCCUGGCAAGGCCAACAAGAAAGCCCAUCAAAGACCACUCUCCCGUCCCACGACCCCGAGUGCUACCUCUGCCCGGGUAACAAGCGCGCUCAGGGAGACGUCAACCCCAAGUACGAGAGCACUUUCGUGUUCGUGAAUGACUACAGUGCUGUGAAGGAAGAACAAGCCGCAUACGAAGGCGCAAGCGGCGACGACCUUGAAGCACGCUUCCUCAACGCCGAGCCUGUCACCGGAAAGUGCUACGUUCUGACCUUUUCAUCUGCGCACAAUCUUACUCUCGCCGAUCUGUCCCCUACCGAGAUCGUGCCGGUGAUCAAUGCCUGGACCGAGAUUUAUACAGCCCACCUAUCACCGAAGUCUCCGCUGGCAGUCAAUGCGCCCCCGACCCACGUGCAGCCCUCUGGUCACAGUGCUAGCGUGACCAAGCCUAAGGAGCAAUAUCGGUACAUGCAGAUCUUUGAGAACAAGGGCGCCGCUAUGGGCUGCUCCAACCCCCAUCCUCACGGCCAGGUCUGGACCACCAGCACUCUCCCUGAGGAACCAGCUGCGGAGCUCGAGCAGCUCCGCCGUUAUCGUCAGGAGCACAACGGCAGCCACAUGUUGGAGGACUACGCGGCGCUGGAAAGCCGCAAGCAGGAGCGUGUUGUCUUUGAGAACGAGAGCUUCAUUGUUGUCUGUCCCUGGUGGGCCACUUGGCCCUUUGAGACCAUGAUCGUUAGUCGCACACACAAGCGCGCGCUCGUCGAUCUCUCCGAUGCGGACAAGGUUCUUCUGGCCGAGGCCAUUGCGGAAAUCACUCGACGAUAUGACAACCUCUUCGAGACUCACUUCCCUUACUCCAUGGGUAUCCACCAGGCUCCUCUCGACGGCACGGACGAGGAGGUCGAGGCCUCGUAUCUGCAUCUGCACUUCUACCCUCCUCUGCUGCGCAGCGCGACCGUCCGCAAGUUCCUGGUUGGUUAUGAAUUGAUGGCUGAGCCCCAGCGUGACAUUACCCCCGAGCAGGCUGCGGCCCGGCUCCGUGGCUGCGGUGGUGAGCUUUACCGCAAGAAGUUGGAGUAA